AUGGGGGCUGCUAACGGGACCCAAUUUCGGCUCGUGGAUGCCGACGUGGAGCUCCGACGCGAGACGAGAGAGUUUGCGAGAUGGACAUUGGCGGAUGUGGAGCAGUUGCAUUGCCGCUUCAAGAAAACGUUUGGUUUCGCCGUCACUGCGAGUCAGUUCGAGAGUCUCUUGCUGCUGAAAUCGCCUGAGAGUGUCGGGAUCGAAGAGGUUUUCGAGGUCCUGGAUGCCAAUCACGACGGGCGCGUGGACGGGUUGGAACUAUUGGCAGCACUGGCUUGUGUCUGCCGUGCAACCUUCGAGGACAAGGCGAGAUUCGCCUUCGAUCUCUUUGACUUUAAUCACAACGGGUCUUUAUCGCUGGCAGAACUGGCACUCUUGAUGAAGUCUGUGUUGAUCGGCAUGACACUGUUAACUGGAGGAGGCCCUGAAAGCUCGACGUUGCAGUCUGCACUAGACGCCAACAGCUCAAUGGAGACGAUGAUGCAAUGUCUCGGACUAGCAGAAAAUGCCUUCUCUCGUAUGGACAAGGAAACGCCAGUGCUUGGCUUUGAGGAUUUCAUCGCCUGGGCACGUCGCAACCGCGAGUUCAUGCUGCAAGUGGAGCGCUUCCGCCUUAUUGCGGAGAAAGCUGUGGGCUUCGAGGACGCUCUCUCACUCCCCGAUGACAGUGACGAAGAUUCCGAUCUGGACGUGGAGGAUGUGAGAACCCCAAACAAGCGUCAGGGCUCAGCUGAAUUGGCGCUUAGGAACAACCGCAAACUGGCGGAGGUGCCCCCGCCUUGGAUGGUGGAGCCAGUCUCUCAGCCACUACGACAUAGUACUGCGUCUGUCUGCAAGAAGAACGGGAUGCCUCCUCCUGUAAAUUUACAGCUAGAGUGGGUUUACGGGACCAGUGGACCGUCAGCUCGAAACGCAUGUCGCCUGUUAGCUACGGGUGAGGCGGUUUAUUUCGUGGGGGGUUACGCUGUUGUGUGCUCUUCCGAACGCCACGAGCAGCGCUACUAUCGUGGACACAGACGCGCAAUUGGAUGUCUGGAUGUGAACGCCAGUGGGGAGAUCGUCGCAACAGGAGAUGCCUGCUCCACCAGCACGCCGAGCAGCAAAGCUGGAGCUGAAAUUCACGUCUGGAGCGCGAGAAGCCUUCAAUGUCUAGCGGUAUUGCGCAACUUUCAUCCUGCUGGAGUCGCACACGUUAGUUUUCCUGCUGCUGCGUCAGCUUCUACCGCCACACUCCGACAAACCCAGGCGGUGUCGAUUGGAGAGCGUGGUGGAGCGGGUGGGAAUUCAUCCGCGGUCUUGAGCAGCAACUUGAUGAAAAAGAAACCACAUGAGACGGAGGCUUUAAUUGCGUCCAUUGGGAGCGACGAUGGCGCGUCCAUGGCGUUGUGGAACUGGCAGAAAGAAGCGGUAGUGGCCUCGGGCCGAGCACAUCCAGCAGCAAGUGGAAGGAGAGCAAGAUGCAGCAAACGCCCUCUGGCUCUUGCACUCAACGAAGACGGCGACGAGAUUGUCGUCGUCGGAGCUCACUUUGCGGUGUUUCAUCACGUUGGCGGUCGCUUCUUCAAGCACAAGAAACCGCACUGGCAUGGGACUGCUGAUCCGCCUUUGCACACAAUACCUGUGUGUCUUAGUGCGGCUUACUACGGGAUACAGACCGCUGUCAUUGGGACCGCUCGUGGCGAGUUGUUGCUGUUCGAACGCCACACCCUGACGCGUUGUAUCCAGGCACAUGACCCUCAGACCAGCGUCAACGUGUGCAGGUUAUCGUGUCAGUCGAUGGUGCUGUUUUCAGCGGGCAAAGAUGGUCGGAUCAAGCAAUGGGAUUCCACUCUGCGUCCAAUUGGGCAGUCGCUAGAUCUGCACGCUCUGCUCUCCGCUCCUGAGGCCGCUUCAUCGUCUUCAUCGUCGGCUCCUCUUUCCCGACCGAAAAACGUUCUCGAAGGGGAUGAUUUUCGCAUUUGCUCGCUGGAUUACGAUGCCCACAGGAGACGAUUCGUCGUCUCCACUCGAAGAGGAGCCAUCUUUGAGAUCGACGAUGAAGUGCCGGCCACUUCCUCGUCUUCUGCCGCCACUUUCCGAUGGAAAAUCGUGGCUUCGGGGCACACAGGACAACCCACGACGAGCAUUGCGACUGCCAGUACCGUAGGCGGUUGCUUUGCUUCAUGUGGCGUUGGCGAACACUUUGUCAAGAUUUGGAAUCUCCGUCGCCGCGCAUUCGUCCAGCAUCUACGUUUUCCUGGGGCCUCUGCUACUCCAAGUGCUUUGGAGUUCAGCAGUGACGGAGAGCGUCUCGCUGUCGGCAGCGAGGACGGAACGGUGAUGCUGGCUCGACGAACUGGUGCGGCGUCGAGUAGCGUCAUGACGAUUGAGACGACGAUGAAGAACACAAGCUCAGCGGUGGUUGCGAUGCGGUUUGGGCCGUCAAAGACCGAGUCAUUGCUUGCUGUCGCGCGUGACAACGGACUCAUUUAUCUCUACAAACUCGAGCCUGGUGGUCGGCGUGUCUCUCGAUAUAUGCUUUUAAAACCUCAGGCAGAGGUCGGUACUGGUGGAAAUGGCUCAGAGGUGACGCACGCGCAUGCGCUAGACUUUAGCGUCGACGGUGCCUUCCUCCGAACUCAGCAUGGCAGCUCGAUGCUGUACUUCUGGGACCUUCGUCAGCGUGCAGGUACGCGCGUGACUUCAAUGAUCACUCUACGCAAUGUCCAAUGGCAGACGCACAGUACUUCUAUCGGCUGGGAAGUCGGUGGACUGCAAUUAAGUUCCCAGGACAGCGACAGUGUGGUGGCCAACAGAACGCGAGGACUCACCCUCGCUUCAAACGGAGACGGAGACGUCCACCUGGCUCCAUUUCCGUGUCCAGCACCAACACUCAGUGAUAACUCUGACAGUAUCUGGUUGUCGCGACAAGUACCGCAAGCUCACCUCACAAAAGAGGUCUCCCUGUUCGAUUCACCACCUUCAGGUCGUCCGCCAGUGUUCGGGGACUUUGCACGUCGAGGAAGUGUGAUCAUCACCAGCAGUCAGUAUGACCCAGCAAUCUGUCAGUGGCGAGUGGAGAAGGAGCUUGCAGACGUCCAGCCUCGGCCAGCAUGUCUAUACGAUCAAGCGCUUCGGAAGAGGCUGCAAAUGCUAGGGCUGAAAGAUCAUCAGGCACAGCGCUCAGAAGCUCCCAAUCUGGCGCUGGCCUUAUCUUACGUUUACGGCUUCAACCACCGCAGUAUGAGUGUGAACCAGUCUCUCUCUUGUCUUGGGAACGGGUCGUAUGUGUAUGGUGCAGGUCCACUGCUGAUUGUGCGUCACUUGCACUCGUUUGGCACCCGACAGCGCAUUGUACCGACGGGACUUCAGUACUCGGUGUCGUGUAUCGCCAAGCAUCCUUCAGAGCCGCUUCUAGCUGUGGGAAGUCGUAGAGACGGCCGUGUUGUGCUCUUACGAACAGAGAAGGCGUCUGCGUCUGGCUCGGCUUCAGGAGACUCGUUCCAGCAAGUCGCGACUCUCAAGGCUGGUGUAAUCCCCACCAGUGAAAAGAAAACGCUAAUUGCCGUGGCUUUCUGCGACUUCAACGACAGCAAUACGCGGAGUGUUCAAAGUGAUUUGGCUGCCGUGAUUUGGAAAAGUGCUCGGAUGCACGAACACACGCUCGUGUUCUACGCGUGGAAGCGCCAACUCGUGUUAACUCACACUACGAUGACGCGUCUGCCGGUGUUGUUUGGUAGAUUUGUGGGGUCUUCGGACACGGGAGUGACUUUUGCUAGUGGAGGGGUGGAUCACAUCACGUUUUGGGAUCUCAAUCCUGCUACGGGCCAUGUCACUGCUCAGCAAGGAGUAUUUGGGCGUCACGCUCUAGUGCAGACCAUGCUGUGUGUUGUUCUUGUGGCUCCGUUUGUAGUGACAGGAGGUGAAGAUGGCUCUGUCGUUUUGUGGGAGAACAGCGUUGCAGCGCACAGCGUUCGGCCGUCGAGUGCCUCGAGCCACAGCUCAAAUGGUGACGAAGUAGUGGCGCUGGAGCAUCUACAGACGUCACAAGUGGUUCUUGCUGCUCAACGCAACGGCUCACUAGUGGUUUGGCGGUAUGCAACUGCACGUGAAUCCAGAGCAGGUCGCACCCAAGCCAGCACAUUCUUGCAGCAAAUGAGAGUCAUUUCAGUGUACGACGCUACCAAGCCGAGAUCAAGCAGCACAUUAUCCCCACUGUUUAGCACCAGUUCUCCAAGUAACGCUUCGAGUAUCGACACGUACGUGCAAGGGAUGCACCUACUGGAUGACUCAUCUAUCGCUGCCGUUGUGCUGAGCAAUGGCGAAGUGGUUUCUCUGGAUCUGGAGCAUAAUAUCGAAGAAUCCAUGCCAGCAAGCCAAGCCACCGCUGCUCCAAGUCAAGCAAGCGAGAAAACGAAAGUGCUGCUGAAUUUCAGGAGCGAGGUCAACGACAUCGCACUGCACCCUCGAGAUCUCCGCUGGGCUUCUGCUAGUGCUGAUGGGCACGUGUGCGUCUGGAAUCUUCACACGAACUUGAUGGCACAACAGCAAGUAAUGCCUAGUCCCCCACGCUCACUUGCGUGGAGUUCAAAUGGUGAGCACCUCGCUGUGUCUCUCGCUGAUGGCAGUGUUGUCAUUCUGGAGGGGACGACGUUGGAGCCAUUAGUUCAAUUCAAUUGCGGAGACACGGAGAAUGCGUCGAGUGGGCAGACGAGAUCAGCAAGCAUUCCAAAGUGGUGCACCGUGGUGAAGUACUCUCCUCUCCUCAGCCAAGUCGAGUCACAUUCUACAACGCGGAGCUGGUUGGCACUAGCUUGUCGAGACUACUGCAUCUACGUGUACCUAAUGGAAAACACCGGAACAGAUUUUCCACCGGUAUAUUCCCUUCGCCACACUUUUGUUGGUCACACAGCGCCAAUCGAGGCUUUCGAUUUCUCUAUCGACGGAGAAUUCCUCCAGUCUGCAACCUCAAGCAACAACAGACAACUACUUCGAUGGGCUCUGCAGAAAGAAUCAAGCGAUAACGGUGCGCCAGCUAGAGAAACGGCGUCUGGGUGGGCUCUACUCGACGACGCAUGGGCGUCUUGGACCUCCACGUUUGCUGGUCCAGUGGAGGGCCUCGGUGAAUGCUGCGGAGUUGGGGUGACGACGUCAUUAGCGCGUAUCAACAGCGAAGUGGCAGACUCGGACGGUGCAUCAAACACCAAAAAUUGGAACUCACCGCUUCCCACGAUGAUUGCGGGACUUGACGAUGGCAGUUUGAUGCUGUCCUGGUACCCGCUCAAACGUGGUGAUGUCGCUGUUCCUGUGCUUUCUGCUAAAAUUGAGCGCUCGAGUGACCCUGCAGCUGUCACAAAGAGGUUCGCGGGGUGUUUUUCGCGCGGGUCGAUGAUACGUCGCGUGGGUUUUAGCUUUGCUAACGCGUUUGUCGUGGCUCUAGCACGAAACUCAAACGGCAGCACACAAGCGUCAGUGUGGACGACUGACUACGACGACGAGUUGCGUCUACACCAGCGGUUCGCCUUGAAAUCGACUGCGUCCUCGGAUACAGAUCCGACCUGGUACGUUAGUCCCGUGGAUAGGACUCUCUUCGAAGAAUGCAUUCAAGUCCAGCGCCCCAAGAUCUGUCCAAGCACUGACGACGCCGAAGAGGGCGAUGGCAAUUGGCUUGAUGACUCACGUGACAGCCGCAGCGACGACGAACAAGCCUAUCUAGAAUUUAUCUACGGCCUCAACCCGGGAGCCACGGGAAGUAGGAACGUGUUCUACGCUGACGAUGCGUGGGAAAUCGUCUACGCAGCUGGGGCUUGCGGUGUCGUUUACAAUACAAAAACACAAACGCAGCUUCUCAAUUACAGCACGGAGCCUGGGCGUCUGAGUGUCGUAUCGGCGUUGGCUGUUCACCCGAAAGGCGACCUGGUUGCCUCGGGUGAAUGCCUGGUACGGGGAGCUGGGGCUCCAGAAAUCGUGAUCUGGGACGCCAACAGCAGCAGUACAGUCGUUCGGAUGGCUUCCAAACAUCAACCGGGUGUCCUGUUGCUUGAAUUCAGCCCGGAAGGACACCGUCUUGCGUCGAUUGGAAUGGAACCAGAUCAUACUCUAGCGAUCUAUGCGAUUGCUGGAGGCGAACGUGAAGGAGGACGUCUCCGAGCAACGCUACUAACGACUAGCAAGACAUCAACUCGGAGAGUUUGGGGCUUGAGCUUUGGCGAAGACGGCGAGUUGGCAACAUGCGGAGACCAACACAUUCUUUUCUGGCAGCAGGGAACGACAAACUCUGGGAGAAACGUGGAAGAAGAGGCACGUUCGACAGGACUGAAGAGCGGUCUGCUUUCUAGCCACAAGGAGUGUAACCCACAAGCGACACUGCUUCAGAUCGCACACAUGUCUGGUCGUGCUCGAGUUGCGGUGUCCAGUCAAUCGGAUGGCAGUUUGUACGUCUGGAAGGAUCGCGUCUGUGUGCUGGUUCGCCGUGAUACGCACGGUGACGCUCCUAUUCCAGCUCUAGCGGUGGAUCGGAAGCACUCGCUGCUCUAUUCAGCAGGAGCGGAUUCUCGCAUCUGCGUCUGGAAUGCACAGCUCGAGUUGGUUCGCGUGGUGGCAGACAUUUCACAGCUCGAUACAGGGCCACUCCCACUGACAAACACGAGUAUCCAGGCUCUAUCUGUUCGAGACGGACACGUACUGCUCACCACCGCAGGCAGUGAAGUAUGUGAGCUAGUGGAAACGGGCUCAACGCAGAAGACACAAGAGAAAGAGUGGCGACUUGUCGUCUACAUUCGAGGUCAUACGAGUGGUCGAGUCGACGGCCUUGCUGUGCACCCGUGCAAACGCGCUCAAUUUGCGUCAGCUGGCGACGACGGUGUGGUGAGGCUUUGGGAUGCUGCAACACGCUCGUUGUUGGCCUUUCACCGAUGGGACGACGCUUUCGAGUUUGCAACUGUUGCAGCUAGCCACGGUGAGCUGCGCGCGUUGGCAUUUUCUGCUGAUGGCAAGCAUCUUGCAGUCGGGACGAUCGACGGAGUUGUGCGGGUACUCACCGCGGCACUUGAUGGCGUCGUGACCCAGUGGAGUUGCUGGCCAGAUCAGCAACAAGAGCACGCUAUUCUGACGCUGCAGUACUCAGCUGACGGGAAGUUCCUGGCGGUAGGGUGUCAAGAUGGCACGAUCCAUAUGCACAACGCAGCCAGCUACAGGAAGAUCACGAUGUUGCGAGGAUCGACGCAGAAGUCCGACUCGGUUCGCCUCGACUUUGCUCGAGAUCGACCGGUGCUUCGCGUGCAGUGCAACGAUAAUGGCGCCCGAUUUUGGGAACUUGGUACGUGGAAAACGCUGCCUCCCGCUCAAGUGCGAGAUUCUCGCUGGGAAUCCAGACGCUUUCCGUCUCUCGUGAACGGGUCGACGAGUCAGAGCGAAGACUUCAACGGUGCAGCGAUGGCAGUUGACGGCCACGCCACAUCGGUCACCAACUGGGCUGUCACCAAGAACGAGCACUUCCUGCUCUCCACUGCCGGCGCCGAUCGUGUUGUGUGUCAAUUCCGCCUGCCACCUCGAGCAGCAGCAGGCAGCGCGCAAUACAUGUAA